AUGGAGAGGAUUCGGCUGCGUCCAGAGCUGGACACAGCCGAAUCCUCUCGGUGUGCGACAGGAACCCGGGAACAGGUGCUCUCCUGCUUCUUGCAGAGUCCUGAUGGCGUCUUGAGCUGCUGUGAUUGGUUCUUGGUGCUUCUCUCCUACCUCAUGUUGCUGUUCACUCUGCCCCUCUCCAUAUGGAGGUGCUUUAAGGUCAUUCACACGUAUGAGCGGGCUGUGAUCUAUCGCCUGGGACGCGUUUGGCGAGGAGGAAACAGAGGACCAGGGUUGGUCUUCGUCCUGCCGUGGACGGACACGUUGAUGAGAGUCGACGUCCGCACCAUCACCUUCAACAUCCCACCACAGGAGGUUGUGACUGAAGAUCUUGUCCGGGUGUGGACUGAUGGUGUGAUCUGCUACCGGGUCCAGAACGCCGCCAAGUGUGUGACCAACGUCAGCGACGUGCACGUGGCAAUCCGGCUGUUGGCUCAGACCGCUGUGAGGAAGGUCCUGAGCACAAUGAGCCUGCGUGACAUCCUGUCAGAGCAGGAAGAGGUCACCUCCAUCAUACAGUCCACUCUGGAGGCCACCAUGGAGGACUGGGGGAUCCAGAUCCAGCAGGUGGAGAUCAGGAUGUCCAACUGUCCCCAGCAGCUGCACAACUUUGUGGCAGACAAGGUGGCGGCUGUAGAGGGACACCUGAACUCACCGCUGAUGCAGAAGGAGGCGGCUGUGACUGGAGAGACUGCAGCAGCACCGAGGCUGCGCUACCUGCAGACCCUCCAAAACAGCAGUUUCUUUGGUGGACUUGUCGCUCGGGGGGAGUAUAGAAGUGCAAUGUCCACACAUGGCACAGCUUAUGCUCCCCCACCUGUACCCAGUAACGCCUGCCAUGUUAGACUGCCAGUCUGA